AACUGAAACCGCGUUUCUACAUUUUUUCAGAGCUUCAGACUGUCCAAAUUGAAAUUUUCAGCUAAUUACUGCUAAGGUUCAAAACUGAAAGAGGUAAACAGAUAGUAGCUAGAAGAACUCUGCACCCAAAUAAGGUACAACCCUGUCCACUUGUAGCCUUCUUUGGCAUCUCCGUUAAUGCUAUUGGGAUCUCCACGUCCUCUGUUUGGCUGUUGUUUGAUACCAUGUCCAUGUAAAACAUGCAGUGUAGGGUGUUCAUCCAAGAUGGUAAUGGGCCAAUGAGUUCAUUAUUAGAUAGCACUAAGGGCAUGAGCAAUGUAUAUGGACAAGUCAUCCAUAUAAAUGGGUCCUGCACAAGUUAUAUCUCUAGCUAUAGAUUUACAUUCACAAUGUAAAACCAUAAAAGUAAUCUAUAUGGUGGGUAUCGCACGCCGAAUCAAAACACCACUUGUUCCUCCUCUGAGUCCGGUCUCCCAUCUCAAUCAUUCCCCUCCCUCUCGCCACACAUGGACAUGGCACACCUGACCACCUCUGUCGUAUUCCCAUUCUUGUGGCAGAAAUCGAGCCCAUAUCCACCGAUGUUGGUGAUGGGUUUGGAUUACCAUAUGAAUCCGUGUUCGGAGCAGUUUCAGAUUUUAGGUUCGGGUCCGUGGAGAUUUUCACCCGACCUUAAUCCACACUUUUGACAUCUCUAAAGGGUGAAGCGACAGACCCACCCACUCAUGGUAGAAUCUUAUACCCGUAUCCACACCCGCGGGUGAAAAUUUAUAUACAUGCUAUACGCAUUAUGUGCGAUAUCAGUGGAUACUUUUUUUAGAUUGCACAAAACAACGCUGACGCUCACAAUACAUGCACAUUUAUCCUAUGAACACACACCUAAAUUCUAUCUCUAUGACCAUCUUAAAAAAAUAGACCUCGAGACGAGAUUGACGAAAGCUCUGAAAGCAAAAUGCAUACUGGGGCAUAGUUACGUACCUGCACCCGAGGAUAGAAUUGCCAUGAAGCCACGAAAAAAAAAAAGAAAUAGAGCAUAUAAUUGCCAUCCUUGGGCCCUUCCACUAUCCGCACCCAGGCCCAUUAGAAUGCUUAGCCUGGCCAAAAGUAGGCCACUGGGGCCCGUGGAAAUAAUGGCUCACUGCAUGCAUGCCCCACACGGUCCAACUAACUUAUCCCCUACUAGUCCAAGGUUUUGGCUCGGCUCCACAUGUCAGCCAGCCAGACGCCCAGACCACAUCCCCAGGAGUCCAGGACCCCUUGCCCGAGCUCCCUCCAAUUCCCGCCAUCUCCUCGCCGGCCGAGAACCCCCCACCACCGCGGCGACCAUCCACCAAGGCGGCGCCGGCGCCGGCGCCACCGAAGCCGACGCACCGAGAUUCAAUGUCCGCUGCCGCAUCCAUCGCGCUGCGCCCGGCGCCGAAGUGGGGCGGCGCGCCGUCGCAGCGCCGGCUCGUGGAGGAGCACCUGGCCUCGCUCCCGCACGGCCUCCCACGCCUCCGCCACGUGCAGGAGCUCCACGCGCAGGUCCUCAGGCAGGGGCUCCACCGGGACCCGCGCGCCGCGUCCAAGCUCAUCGCCUCCUACGCGCUCCUCCGCCGGGUCCCCGCCUGCCGCUGCGUCUUCUCCGCCGCCGCCGCGCCCCCGUUCGCCCCCAGCACCGCCUUGCUCGCCAACACGCUACUCCGCGCCUACGCGCUCAACUCCCUUCCCCACGCCGCGCUCGCCGUGUUCGUCGACAUGCCGUUGCGGCAGCGGGACACGUUCACCUACUCCUUCCUCAUCAAGGCGCUCGCCACUGCGGGUGUCACGCCCGUCCGCGCGGCGCACACGCACGUCUUCAAGCUCGGGUCCGUCGAGGAUACCUUCGUUGGAAAUGCGCUGAUCGACGCCUACUCCAAGAACGACGGUCUCUCGGACGCGAAGAAGGUGUUCGACGAAAUGACGACACGGGACGUCGUGUCCUGGAACACGGCCAUGGCCGCAAUGGUGCGGAAAGGGGAGGUGGACGCAGCAAGGAGCAUGUUUGACGAGAUGCCCGAGAAGGACACGGUGAGCUGGAACACAAUGCUGGAUGGCUAUGCCAAAGCUGGGGAGGCAGAGGAGGCCUUCGAGCUGUUCCAGCGCAUGCCGGGGAGGAAUGUGGUGUCCUGGUCGACUGUGGUGUCAGCCUAUUGUAAGAAGGGUGACAUGGAGAUGGCGCGGGUUAUAUUCGAUAAGAUGCCCGCCAAGAACUUGGUGACAUGGACCAUAAUGGUCUCAGCAUGUGCUCAGAAGGGGCUUGUGGGUGAAGCAGGCAGGUUGUUUACUGAGAUGAAGGAGGCUGCCAUUGAGCUUGACGUAGUUGCAGUUGUGAGUAUCCUGGCUGCAUGUGCUGAGUCUGGCUGCCUUGCCCUUGGGAAGAGGAUUCACCGACAUGUGCGCCAGAGGAAGCUGGGAAGAUCAACCCUUGUAUGCAAUGCCCUGAUGGACAUGUUCUGCAAGUGUGGAUGUGUUAACCGAGCCGACUACAUCUUUGACACUGAGAUAGUUGAAAAGGAUUCAGUUUCUUGGAACAUUAUAAUUGGAGGGUUUGCAAUGCACGGGCAUGGUGAAAAGGCGCUGAACCUCUUCACACAAAUGAAGCAGCAAGGCUUUCACCCUGAUGCUGUGACGCUCAUCAAUGUUCUCAGCGCUUGCACGCACAUGGGGCUUGUGGAAGAAGGACGGAGGUUCUUUGCCAACAUGGAGACAGACUACGGCAUCAAGCCUGAGAUAGAGCAUUAUGGUUGUAUGGUCGAUCUUCUUGGCCGUGGAGGGCUCAUUAAGGAGGCUGUCGACAUGAUCAAAAGCAUGCCUUGGGAGCCUAAUGAGGUCAUAUGGGGGUCCUUGCUCAGUGCAUGCCGACUGCACAAGAAUGUGGAGUACGCAGAACUGGCAGCGAAUGAGCUGAGCAACUUGCAGCCCUCAAAUGCAGGGAACUACGCUGUCUUGUCGAACAUCUAUGCAGAGGCCGGGAAGUGGAGCGAUAUGGCGAAGGCAAGGGUGCAGAUGAAAGGAACAGGGUCUCAGAAAACAGCUGGCUCAAGCUGGAUAGAACUUGAUGAGGCGUUCCAUGAGUUCACAGUUGGGGACAGAAAGCACCCAGAGUCCGACCAGAUAUCUGAUAUGAUUGAUAGGCUGAGUUCGCAUGUUAAGUGUGUUGGCUGUGUUCCGGUUGGCCAUGAACUGCUUGUUCCGUGAGUGAUAUGGACAUGUGUGUGAUUAUACAACAAAAAGAAAUGGUGGAAAUGCCCACGACAGAUCUCAGAGACUGUCCUUUUUAUGGCCUCCUCCAGCUUCUGAAUUCUGAUGUGAUGCAACCAUAAACAAAGCAGCAAUCCAUCAUGUGAUCAGUGAAACCGGCUGUGCUUGCUUAUGAUUGUCUAGGAAGAAGAUUUGGUCCGAGCCUUCUUGGUAGGGGAAACGAUUGUUCCAUGAAACUUGUUAGGGAUUUGUACGUGAUGCUCGAUGAAAUAUAAAUUCUGAGGAAGCUUCUGUAGAUUCGAAGAUUCCAGAAUCUUUUUAUGAAUUAUCUGGGAUAUGAAGAAUGCUGAUUAUAGUUUAAGGUUGUUUGCUUUUAAACCAAAUGCUAUGAUGGAAAGCAUGGAUAAGGAAUUGAGACCAAGGUUAGCAGAGCAGGUAAACAAACACUGUGCUGCAAUUGCUAUUCCUCAAGGCCUUUAUUGCCUUUUGUUGCGUUUAACUGAUGAAUACUCCUCAAUGCCCUUGCAAGGGAACAACUACGACCCUGAGUUGGUGCCUUGUCUUAUGGACAACUCCUAUUGCUAUUUGUUUUAGCAUCAGAUAACAUCCUCGUGGCCUCAGUUGUGAUCAGAUCAACAGUUAGAUCAUCUCUGAACCUUAGAAGAUAGUCUUGUUAUUACUGACAAAAGUGGUAUCUUGUCAUGAACCUGUCCGCAGCGCAUCCUGGGAAGCCAGCUUUCGGGCCUUUCUCUCGACCCUGUAGUUGGAGGAAAUUUCUACCUUGUCUGCAAUGCCUGAGGGGAGGUCUUUCCCAUGGGGUCGAGUUUUUAGUACUGACAAAAGACUUAUCUUGCCACACAUUCAUUAUUUGCUUUGCGUCAUAUAGUCCUGUAAAUAAGGCAAAGAACCAAGACCUCGUUUUUGUUGGACAUAAUGCAUUUACUUUGUGCUAUAUUUCACUGGUUCUGUAAAUAAGGCAAUGAUGUACUCCUAUCUAAUAAAAUCCUAAAUAACAAUGGUUCCACUUUCUCCGGCCCAGGGCCCAGGUGUAUGUCUGCAACUAGAAUUAUGUCC